UAACAACUGAUAUUCUAAUAUCUCAGCCAGGCAUAAGCAAGAACAAGAAAUAUAUUUGUAGCUUUAAUUCUGAAUAGUACAAAUGGAAAAGUUGGCUUUGCGGCUGUGAAGUAAAAAACGCACUGUUUUGCUUCCAGUGUUUGCUGUUUGGGGGUGAUGUAACGUGGACAAAAGAUGGUUUUAGAAAUAUAAACAAAAUGAAAGAAAAAACUGAAAAGCAUAAGAAGUCAAAGAAGCAUGUCGAUAAUGUAGUUUUACUGUCACUUUUAGGAACCGCAAGUAUUAAGGAGAAACUUAGUGAGGCAUACAGACUUUCAAUCUAUGAGCAUAAUAUAAAGGUUAAAAAGAACCAUGACAUUUUGUCCGAAAUAAUAGACUGCAUAUUCUUUUGUGGAAACUUUGGAACUCCCUUACGUGGAUAUGAUGAAAAAGACGAUUCAAUAAAUCUAGGGGUAUUUAGAGGAUUAGUAAAUUUUGCAUCUAAAUUAGAUUCAGAUUUGAAGCAUCACUUAGAAACCAGUGCAGUCUUCACAGGUGUUUCUAAGACCAUUCAGAAUGAGAUACUUGACUGCCUGCUACAAAUAUACCAUGAGGAGAUAAGGACGGAAAUUAAGAAAGCUUCCUUUGUAGCUGUCAUGGCUGAUGACACAACAGAUGUUUCGGAACACACUCAAAUGGUCCUUGUUCUACGGUACGUAUUGAAUGGAGAAAUAAUUGAGCAUUUCUGGGGAUCCUUUAUUCCAGAAAAUCAAACUGCAGAUGGCAUAUCAAAAUGUAUUUUAAAACAAUUGGGCAUAAUCCUUCAAGGAAAUGGACAAAAACUGAUAGCUCAGACAUUUGAUGGUGCAAAUGUCAUGAAAGGCAAAAUAGCAGGAGUUCAAGCAAAAAUAAAAGCAGUUUAUAGUAAUGCACAUUUCAUUCACUGUUAUGCACAUCAACUUAAUUUAAUAAUGAGAAAUGCAGCAAGUAUUACACGAAACGCAAGAAUAUUUUCUCUAACAUUCUGGCUAUUCCAACAUUCUUCUCAAGAUCGCCGCAACGUGUGUCCAUUCUCAAGAAGCAUAUGGAAGUCAGCAUUCCACGUCCAUCUUCUACAAGGUGAAACUUCAAUUUACGGACCAUAAACAGAGUUCAUGAAAAUUUGCAACCUUUAAUAAACUGCCUUCCUGAAAUUCAGUCAACAUCAAAUGCAGAUCAAACCACUGCAGAAGCAACAGGAAUUUUAAAAUACCUGAAUGAUGAUAAUUUCAAGUUUUGGUUAGAGCUUUUUCAUCAGAUUAUGCCUCAUGUUGAAAUAAUUUACAACCAAUUAAAUUAGUGUGUUUAAAGUUAAUGAAUAUAUAACAAAUUUCAAAACUGCUAUUUUAGAAUUGAGAAACUCCGAGUACUGUGAGAAUCCUUCAAAGACACUCGUGGCAGAAGCCAAGGAAGUGUGUGACUGUAUAUGUGUUGAUAUAAUGGACAGAUAUUCUUCCACUAAACACUUAGUAGCUGCUAAACUGUUCAACAAGAAAUGCUUCACUAGUUUUAAGAACGAAUAUCCCACAGAAGAGAUAGUAACGACCACUGAAGCACAUCCCAUGAUUGACAAAGAAAAGCUUGAAACUGAACUAAAAGUAUUCUAUUGUAGGUCUGAUAUUCAUGAAUAUUGCACAUUAAUUGAACUGCUGAAAUUUAUCUUGGAAAAUAAUCUAGAUGAUGUUUUUAGUGAAAUUACAGAACUGAUAAAAAUCCUCUUGACAGUUCCCAUGACUACAUCAGAGGCCUCUGCCUCUGAUGAAGUCAUGGGAACUGCUUUUCAACACUGAAAGAAUAAAAACUUUUCUAAGAAGCACUAUGAAUUCGGAAAGACUAAAUGCGCUUGCAGUGCUUUCAAUGGGGAAAAAUUUCCUCAGUUGUCAUCCAGAGAUCAAGGAGAAAAUUACUGAUCAUUUUGCGCAAAUUAACACUUUGCGGACUGGCAAUUUAAAUAUUUAAAUCACCCUGGGGACCGGCAUAUUUAAACCUACUACCCUAACUUGUGCACUGUUCACUUUUAAAAUUAAUAUAAAAUCUCCUAAUUAAUUUUAUGAACUACAAUUUUUCGAGAAGACUUACCAGUCCUCCUAGAAGUGCUUGAGAGUGUGAUAUUUCUGGAAACAUUCCACUUUAUGAA